AUGUUUAGGAAAGCUGCUGUGCCCACGGUCUCUAAUGGAAGCUACUUGCAGGGACAAGCUAAUGGCAAGUUGUCCUCUAUGGACAGCAGACAGCCAGCCCGGGAGGGAAAAGUUGUGCUGAAGAAGAAAGUGACGCUUUUGAGGGGGAUAUCCAUCAUAAUUGGCACUAUCAUUGGAGCUGGCAUCUUCAUCUCUCCCAAAGGCAUCCUGAAGAACACAGGCAGCGUGGGCAUGUCCUUGACUGUCUGGACAGUGUGUGGUAUCCUCUCGCUUUUUGGUGCCCUCUGCUAUGCUGAACUGGGAACAUGCAUUAAGAAAUCUGGUGGUCACUACACCUAUAUCCUGGAGGCCUUUGGGCCACUACCUGCAUUUGUGAGGGUCUGGGUUGAGCUACUCAUCAUACGCCCUGCUGCCACAGCAGUGAUAUCACUGGCAUUUGGACGCUACAUCUUGGAACCUUUCUUUAUGCAGUGUGAAAUCCCAGAACUUGCCAUUAAACUUAUUACAGCUGUGGGCAUCACCCUGGUGAUGGUCCUGAAUAGCACAAGUGUCAGUUGGAGUGCCCGCAUUCAGAUGUUCCUUACCUUUUGCAAGCUUGUAGCAAUUCUGAUAAUUAUAGUCCCUGGAGUUAUCCAGCUAAUUAAAGGAGAAACACAGCACUUUAAAAAUGCCUUUGCAGGGAAUGAUGCCAGUAUUAUGGGAUUACCACUCGCUUUCUAUUCAGGAAUGUAUGCCUAUUCAGGCUGGUUUUACCUCAAUUUUGUUACCGAAGAAGUGGAAAACCCUGAAAAAAACAUACCCCUGGCAAUAUGCAUUUCAAUGAUUAUCGUCACAGUUGGCUAUGUGUUAACAAACGUGGCUUAUUUCACUACAAUCAGUGCUGGGGAAUUGCUGCUUUCAAAAGCUGUAGCAGUGACCUUUGCUGAACGACUGAUGGGAGACUUUUCCUUAGCUGUGCCCGUGUUUGUUGCUCUCUCCUGCUUUGGGUCUAUGAAUGGUGGUGUUUUUGCUGUGUCCAGGAUGUUCUUCGUUGCAUCCCGUGAGGGUCACCUUCCAGAAAUUCUCUCCAUGAUUCAUGUCCGCAAGCACACUCCUCUGCCAGCUGUCAUUGUUUUGCAUCCUCUCACAAUGAUAAUGUUAUUCAAUGGGGAUCUCUACAGCCUCUUGAAUUUCCUCAGCUUUGCCAGGUGGCUUUUUAUUGGACUAGUAGUUGCUGGGUUGAUUUAUCUCAGAUAUAAACGUCCUGAUAUGCCUCGUCCUUUCAAGGUUCCUCUAUUUAUUCCAGCGUUGUUUUCCUUCACCUGCCUCUUCAUGGUUGCACUGUCACUUUACUCUGACCCAGUGAACACAGGGAUUGGAUUUGCAAUAACCCUGACUGGCAUUCCUGCCUACUACCUCUUUAUUGUAUGGGACAACAAGCCAAAGUGGUUCAGAAAGCUUCUGGGCAAGGUAACCAUAGCAUUGCAAAUCCUCUUGGAAGUCAUCCCAGCAGAGGAAGAUCAGAAAUCAUGAUCAUCAUGUACAGCUUUUGGCUUGGUGUUUGAUUUCUACCUGAAAUAAAAAGAGUAGGGAGAUUUAUCCCCCUUCCUAACAUGCUGCAAACUGGAGGAGCAAGUCACAGUCGUGAUGGACACCGAAUAAGUUGCUCACCAGAAUUCUCUUUUAUCAUGCUGUAGCAUUUUUUUUUUUUUAAUAUGUUUGGUCUACACGUAGAAAGCAAGUCCUUGUGCUACAAGGGAACUCUUUGCUAUUUCUUUUGGUACUGUGUCUUAUUUUAACAAACUGCAAGUUCAACAAGCUGGGAUUUUGUUUGCCUUGUCACUGACGAUAGGUUCAGGUGAUGUGUAAUAGCUGGGUGUACCAUGAAGAAUGUGUCUUGCUUCCUGUCCCUGGAGAUCUCAACUCUCACCAGAGCAAGGGUGAGGCAAAGCUGCUGUUCAUUCUUCCCAUCACUCUGUUUGGCAGCCUGAUUCGACUUCCUUUGACUCGCUGGAGGCCCCAGCACACAGAUGCAGAA